UAUGUACUUAGAUAACAAAGAGGAUGAAGCAAUAUCGAGGAAACUAGAGAUGGAGAUGACCCAGACAUCUGCACAUCGCGCAGGUUUGCCUGGAAAUGUGGCAUCUGAGCCAGAAACCAGAAACCUCAAUGAGCUGCAGUUGUUAAAGGAGUUUCAUGCAAUGGUGGCUGUUCAGGGGGAGCCCCCAACACCGCAUCAAAAUAGAGCAAUAGGGCAGGAUUGCUGUGUUGCCCUGGGGAAAGAUUUCAGCCCACUCACCAUGCAAGGAAGGUACCACUUCAAUUUGCCCAAGUUAUUCAACAUGAGAUCAAAAGACAAUUGCUUUACAGAGAAGACACCUUUGCUGAAGGUUUCAUCAGAGGAAAAUGGGUUACGAUACAUGGCUCUUCAUAAUCCAGAUUUCACCAUGGAGGAUGAUUCAUGGGACAACAGCUCUGCAGAAUUUGAGCAAAGGUCUCAGCUGGGAAGUGAAAUGACCAGCUUGUCUAGAUCUGCUUCAUCUGAGAAAUGUGAACUCUUGGACAACCUUCACGUCAAGUUCAAUAUAUCAAAGAUGAGAUGCUGUUUAAAAUUCCUAAAAGUUUUGGGCCUUUUUAUCUUUGUCGUUGUGUGCUCUAUUUUGUUUAGCACUUAUCCAGAUCAAGGAGUCUCCUGGCAGAUGUUGGCUGUGUCACCUUUGGAAAGCUACUCUCUGAAUCUAACAGAUGUUCAUGACUCUGCCCUACUUAAGUUAGAACUAGGAGGACCUUUUGUAGCAGAUGUGGUUGAUCGGUGGACAGAGGAAUAUAUUACAGUGCAAAUUGGAGAGAUAGAAGACCCUAGAUCUAGGAGAAGAUGGCAGCAGCAGGUCUUGUAUAACUGGACUCUACCUUUACUUUCAAGAAGAAAUGAGCAAGUUACCACAACUAAAACCUUUGAGAUACUAAACAGUAAGGCCAUCUCCAUAAACAUUCAGGCUUUCCUAAAGGAGUCUGAAAUUGUUCCUCUGUCUAUGAAGUAUCAGUAUCUUCAUGCAAAUAUAGAGACACAAGUAACGAUUGCAUCAAUCAUCUUAGCAGGUGUUUAUGUGCUGAUCAUACUAGAGAUUGUCCAUAGAACCCUUGCGGCGAUGCUGGGCUCCCUGGCAGCUUUGGCUGCACUAGCUGUGGCAGGGGAAAGGCCAAGCAUGGUCAAAGUGGUGCAGUGGAUUGAUUAUGAAACUCUGGCGCUGUUGUUUGGAAUGAUGCUUCUGGUGGCCAUAUUUUCUGAAACUGGAUUUUUUGAUUACUGUGCAGUAAAGGCUUACCGAUUAUCUAGAGGCAGAGUGUGGGCUAUGAUUAUCAUUCUAUGUCUUAUUGCUGCAAUUCUUUCUGCAUUUUUGGACAACGUUACUACAAUGCUUCUUUUUACUCCAGUAACCAUAAGGUUGUGCGAGGUACUUAACCUUGAUCCGAGACAUGUCCUGAUUGCAGAAGUAAUCUUCACAAAUAUUGGUGGGGCUGCCACAGCUGUCGGGGAUCCUCCAAAUGUGAUUAUAGUUUCAAAGCAGGAGCUGAGGAAGGUGGGAUUGGAUUUUGCAGCAUUUACCGGACAUAUGUUUGUUGGAAUUUGUCUUGUUCUUCUGGUCUCCUUUCCUUUUCUCAGACUUCUUUAUUGGAACAAAAAACUUUACAACAAGGAGCCAAGUGAGAUUGUUGAGCUGAAACAUGAGAUCCAUGUUUGGCGACUGACAGCACAGCGUAUUAACCCAGCCAGCAGAGAAGAAACGGCUGUGAAAUGUCUCUUGAUGCAGAAGGUUCUGACUCUGGAGAUCUUGCUGAGGAAAAAACUCAAAACAUUCCAUAGACAAAUUUCACAAGAAGAUAAAAACUGGGAAACAAAUAUUCAGGAACUCCAAAAAAAGCACAGAAUAACAGACAAAGUUCUUCUCAUCAAAUGCCUGACUGUGCUGGGAUUUGUUAUCCUUAUGUUCUUUGUCAAUUCAUUUGUUCCGGGCAUUCAUCUCAAUCUUGGAUGGAUUGCAAUGUUGGGAGCUAUUUGGCUGCUAGUCUUAGCUGACAUCCAUGAUUUUGAGAUGAUACUAAAUAGAGUGGAAUGGGCAACACUUCUUUUCUUUGCAGCCUUGUUUGUUUUAAUGGAGGCUCUGGCUCAUCUCCAUUUAAUAGACUACAUAGGAGAGCAGACAGCUUUGUUAAUAAAGGUGGUUCCUGAAGAUCAACGUUUGGCAGUUGCUAUCAUUUUAGUGGUCUGGGUCUCUGCACUGGCAUCAUCCCUAAUUGACAAUAUUCCAUUUACUGCUACAAUGAUUCCUGUGCUGCUCAACCUUAGUCAAGAUCCUGAAGUUAACCUGCCUGUGAAACCGCUAAUUUUUUCAUUGGCUAUGGGUGCAUGUCUUGGAGGUAAUGGGACAUUAAUAGGGGCAUCUGCAAAUGUCGUGUGUGCAGGGAUUGCAGAACAGCAUGGCUAUGGCUUCUCAUUCAUGGAAUUUUUCAGGUUGGGUUUCCCCAUGAUGAUUGUAUCCUGUACCAUUGGGAUGUGUUAUCUCCUUGUUGCUCAUGUCGUAGUUGGGUGGAACUCUUAAUAAUUUAUAUUUUCAAGCCCAAAAGAAGAUUCACUCUUGAUUAGUCUAUAUAUCAGAGCUUGAAGAAAGCAGCAUAGAAGAAAAAAUACUUUUAAGAGCUUCAUAUUAGUUACAAUGAUAGGCAGCUUCAGAUUUUUUCAUUCAUAACUUUAUAUUUUUCAACAAUUCUCAGUGAAGUCCUACAAUAAGUUUUUUAUGGUCAAAUUUAAUAUGCACAUAAAGAGGCAACAUCACAAGGGAAUAUGUUGUGUUCUGAAACUAUAUUGCCACAAUCUAAGUAUAGUCAUACUUAAAAAAAUUCAUUCACCAUGGGAAAUAUUCAGUAGUUUCUUCUUAGGGCUUCAUUUUUCCUUUGUGAAUAUAUUUAGUUCUGUGUAUUAAAGCAACUAAUAGUCAACCUGUAUGUGCUGUAUUAAUAGAUGUGUAAGCAGAAGCUCUGUAUGCUGUGGGAGAUGUAUCAUUAUCUUUGUUUAAAAAUAAACACAUCCCAA